UCGUUCCCUCCACUGCUCCAAAGCAGCGCCGUUUCAAAUCCUGCCCCUUUCGUGAUUACACUCUGCUUUUUCCGCCGCUUCGCUCCUCUCCCUUUCGCAGAGAGCGAAAAAUGAUAAGAACUUCGCUUACAGGCCGCUACGAUAAUGGCGCUAGUGGCGCCGUCGCCUCCGCCACUCUCAACGCCGGCGAUUUUGAGCUCAAAGGCAAAACCACCUUUAUCAACGGUCCCUCCUUCGAAGACCUCUCUCUCUUAGUUGAAAAGCCAGGAUCCUUUGUCAUUGACUACAACGUUCCGAAAAAGGAUGUGAAGUUUCAGUUUAUGAAUACGGCUAGGGUUUUAGAGAAGCAGCUGAAUUUGACUUAUUCGCACUGGAGGGGCGAUAAUCGAACGGCACUGGAUGGGACAUUGGUGAUCGAUUCUUCAAACAAGCUAUCCGCUAAUUAUGAGCUGAAUUCUAGGAACUGCAAGGUGAAGUACAGUUAUAUGUACGGAGGCUUGUUGACGCUUGAGCCUAGCUAUGAUUUCGGGAAGAAUUCGUGGGAUGUUGCUGUUUCCAGGAGAGUUUUGGAUGAUGAUGUGGUGAGGGCUUCGUGUCAGAGUUCGAGUAAGGUUUUGGAGUUGGACUGGUGCCGGAAUACAAGUAUUAAUGGCAGCUUUAAGGUGUCUGCAUCUAUUAAUUUGGCAGAUCCGUUAAAGACCCCCACAUUUAGUGUCGAGAGUAGGCUGAAUUUUGGCGUGUAGUUCUACUUCACAUUUUGCAAAUUUAUGGUUCAAGAGUUAUAUCUGAUAUUACUCGUUGCAUGUUAAUUGCAUACACCAGUUAUGUUGCUUUUUGCUUGGUAUUGUGAAUGGUAUUUAACUCA